GAUCACGUGUCAACGGAAGAAGGUGCUUUUGUUUUUCCUUGGGAAAAAAGUCGAGGAACAAUGUUUGGAAAGACGAUUUUCAGUUAUACUUUAUUUUUCUCUCAAAUGCAUACAGACAAUCUUAUAUAGGACAUGAAAUCUUUCGGAAUACCUGAACCAUAUUUCCGCGUCUUGAAGCUUGAUUGACGCUCCGUUUGGGAAUUCUUGAAGCUGCAGAGAUUGCAAGGCGGAAGAAGGGAAUUUCGAAGAGGCGAGCUGAGAGGGCCAAGAGAUGGCUCCCGAUUGAUUUCAUCAGAGCUUUGCAAUGUUUUUCAACUUAACUCGGGUUUAUAUGAAAUCAUAUAUUUAUUCUAAAACACAGAUUCGUCUCUGUGUCUCGUUAAUGUCAUAAUUCGGACUGAUUAUUUGCGAUCCAAAAACUCAAAAUGGCGGAGGGCUGGCCCAUCCCCCAGGCCCUGCUCCUGCUCGUAGUGAGUGUCGCGGGCCUGGACACUUGCCCUUCUCCCUGUACGUGUUCUGGUGGUCCAGGUGCAGCGCAACUGCUGGAUUGCAAUAGGAAAAGACUGAGUGUUGCAGCUCUGGAAGCUCCAGUCUGGAUCACCCAUGCGUCUAUGAAUCAGAAUGAACUUCCAGCAGUGCCUUUUCUUGGAGAUGCCUCAUCCAACAUCACAGUACUGUCACUUGUUCAUAACCGAAUCUCUGAAGUCGUGGCAGAGCAGCUGUUGCCAUAUUCAUCUCUCGAAAGUCUGGACUUGAGCUCUAAUUCUGUAUCUGAGCUUAAGGCCAGCUCGUUCCCUCCCAUGCAGCUGAAAUACCUCAACCUGAGCAAAAACAAGAUAAGUUCCUUGGAGCCCGGUUGUUUCGGAAACAUCAGCUCCCUUCUGGUGUUGAAGAUAAACCAGAACAGACUCUCUGUGCUGCCUGAUAAAGUCUUCACCCUCUCUCAGCUCCAAGUCUUAGAGUUGAGGCGCAACAGGAUUCGUGUCGUGGAAGGUCUAAUUUUCAAAGAAAUGAAGGCUCUUAAAUCGUUGAAGAUGCAGCGCAACGGCAUCACAAAGCUGAUGGAUGGAGCUCUCUUUGGUUUGGAAAGCAUGGAGGAGCUAGAGUUGGAGUAUAAUAAUCUGACCGAGCUGAAUAAGGGCUGGCUGUACGGCCUGCACAUGCUCCGGAUUCUCCGGGUAAAUCAGAACAAUAUCGGACUCAUUCGAGCUGAUGCCUGGGAGUUUUGCCAUCGCCUGGAAGAGCUGGAUUUGUCUUUCAAUCACUUGAGUCGUCUGGAGGAUUGGGUGUUUUCUGGCCUCAGUCUCCUGCAGAGUCUCAAUCUGGGUGACAAUCAGAUCACACACCUGGGCGAAGGAGUGUUCAGCAGUCUGGCUAACGUCCAUACAAUGGACAUCCGUAAUAAUGAGAUCUCCCUCGCCAUCGAGGACUUGGUUGGCAUGUUUGUGGGUUUGAAGAGGCUGAACUCGCUAGUUUUACAGAAUAAUAAAAUCAGGAGCAUCACUAAGAGAGCGUUUGAGGGUCUGAUGGAGCUGGAGCAUUUGGACCUGAGUAAGAAUGGCAUAAUUUCUAUUCAUCCUGAUGCUUUCACUCAUUUAAAACUUAAAACACUUGAUCUGAACACCAGCAGUCUUCUGUGUGACUGUCAGCUGCAGUGGUUGGGCCAGUGGUUGAUUGACAGUCAGUUCCAGCAAUCCUGCACCGCCAUCUGUGCUCAUCCCGCCUUCCUGGCAGGAUCAAGUGUGCUCGUUAUUAAACCAGAGGAGUUUGUCUGCAAUGACUUCCCUAAACCCCAGAUCAGCGCUCAUCCCAAGACCGCUGUGGCCUUACGCGGGACCAACAUCACUCUGAACUGCUCUGCGUUCAGCAGCAGUGACUCUCCCAUGAGCACCGCCUGGCGCAAAGAUGGAGAGGUGCUGUAUGAAGCCCAGGUUCAGAACUACGCACGGUACCAGGAUCACCGCCUCCUCUACACCACCGUCCUCCACCUGCUCAAUGUUAAUUUUACAGAUGAGGGCCAGUACCAGUGUGUGGUCUCCAACCGUUUUGGGUCCAACUACUCUACUCUGGCCAAGCUCACUGUUAAUGAGCUCCCAACCUUCCUGAAGACGCCCAUGGACCUGAGCAUCCGCACCGGUACGGUCGCUAGAUUGGAGUGCGCUGCGGAGGGACACCCGACACCGCAGAUCGCCUGGCAGAAAGACGGCGGUAUCAAUUUCCCUGCGGCCCGUGAAAGAAGGAUGCAUGUCAUGCCAGAUGAUGACACUUUUUUCAUUGCUAAUGUGAAGACCGAGGAUAUGGGCGUCUAUAGCUGUACAGCCAAAAACGAGGCGGGCAGCCUGUCAGCUAAUGCCACUCUUACUGUGCUAGAAACCCCGUCCUUCCAGCGCCCUCUAGAGGACCGUAACAUUGCCCGAGGUGAGACUGCUGUCCUCCAGUGCAUAGCUCGUGGUAGCCCCACUCCCCGCCUCAACUGGACCAAAGACGACGCCCCGUUGGUGUUGACGGAACGUCACUUCUUUGCUGCAGCCAAUCAGCUUCUCAUAAUCGUAGAUGCCAGCCCUGCUGAUGCAGGGAAAUACACGUGCAUCAUGUCCAAUACGCUCGGCACAGAGCGCGGUCAUAUCUACGUCAGCGUCUCACCCUCGGCCAACUGUGACCCGGUGACCAGCAUAUACAGUCAGGACGGGUGGACAACAGUUGGCAUUGUUGUGAUGGUGGUCGUCUGCUGCGUCGUCGGCACCUCACUUGUGUGGGUCAUCGUCAUUUAUCACAUGAGGAGGAAGAGUGAAGACUACAGCAUAACAAAUACAGAUGAAAUGAACCUUCCAGCGGACAUUCCCAGUUACCUCUCAUCUCAGGGAACGCUGUCCGAGCCUCAGGAGGGCUACAGUAACUCAGAGAAUGGAAGCCACCAGCAGCUAAUGCCAUCUCAUGCUAAUGGUUAUGUCCACAAAGGCACUGAUGGAGUAUGUUACGGUGAAGUGAGCAGUGAUGUUGAUCCAGAUGCUAAUGGAAUGCUGGGUAGUCGUGUGGGCUCUUUCUUUGCUGGACGUAGCAGCUUCCACUGGAGUGAACCCAGAGAGGGACAGGCAAAUAUCCCUAAUGGUGGACCAGUCCCUCUGGUCAUCUGUUCAGACUGCUACGACAACGCCAACAUCUACUCGCGCACGCGUGAGUACUGUCCAUACGCCUACCUGACAGAGGACGACGCACUUGUGUCUCAGAUCCCUCGGGACGGACACCAGAUCGGCCAUCAAGAGCGGGAUCAGCACACCGAGCACGCAGACGCAGCACUGGAGAGUUUUAUAAGUCAGCAGAACGCCUCUGUGUUCCUCACCAACCAUGAGCCACGGCUGCCAGCGUCACAACACUAUAGCACUGAUGUCCCAGGCAGUUCAUUUUGGGAUGGCGAAGAAACCCACUCUUCCAUCCUCGCCCAGGGCUCAGUGACUGUAGACAAGCCCCCGAUAGGUCUGUCUGCUGGGGACGGCCAAGAGGAGAGGAGGGGGGCAAUGGAGGAAGGCUCAUACAGGACUAACCUACAGGAAAGCACCUCAGCGCCCACAUAAACCCAGCUAGCCCGUCUUCCCCCAGUCAUCUUGUCCCCAAACAUCACCACCUUGUCCUUCAAUUGCCUCCCAGUGCCCUCAGCCCACUACCUCCUUUGAGAAACCUCAUUCUCUGCCAAAUGAAAUGCCUCUUUCUUCAUGUUUACACCGCCUCUACUGUCCUUCCCCGCCAUGUUCGGUUGUAAUCCACUGGGAUGUGCAUGUUUUGCCGGAAAGCUUUUCAGACCGGAGACAGAAUCCCUGCUUUCACCAUUCCUGAGCUAACUAGUCUGGUUUGAGCUUUGAAUGCACCAUUUCCAAGAGCUCCACUAGUCCAACUGCAGCAUGUGACAUACAAAUUAUUCCAUGUUGGUUUUCCCGCCUACCUAAGAGUGUUGAAUCUUUUUGCAUAUGCCAAAACUUGACCCAGACUCCCGUUUAACUUGCUUUUGCUCCGGUACAGGACCUGUACGAAUAUUGACUGUGAAGAUUGGACUGUCCAAAUAGGACAGUGAUGUUCUCUGCGUGACGUCAGAAGGCCAAUUACCUGUAUUGCAUUUCUAAUUCCUGUUGGCAAACGGUACAGACUUAUGACCAAUAAUGUGUUAACAGAGUUGAUGGCUCCGUUGUUUCCACUGUUAUUGUACGUCGGAGUUACUGUCCUAUCAUUAAUAAUAUUUUUUGUGUAGUGCUUCUCACAAACCUAAAACAUAUUUCUCAGUUUCUCUGUCUGUUUUUAAGGCACUAUAACAGAGAGUAAGGAAAACCUGAUAUGUUGCACCUUUGAUAAUCUUCCCAGGACAGUCUUUAACGAAUCGUAAUAUGUUAACUUUUCUUCAUUUACUCUCCAUAUCAAGCUUAAGAUUUUUAUUUUGUGUAUUUUGUGUAAAUGUCCAUUUUUAAUUUGUUUCCCUCAUUUGCAUUCUUGCAAGUGAAUUUCUAGUUGAAUUGCAGUCUGUGAUUGAUCGGCUUGACUGAGCACCAUUGGUGUGCAUUUGGGACGGGGCUACAUUCUGUCUGACCAAUAGAAGCAUUUGAGAGAAUUUCUUGCAAUUCCAGUUGGUGCCCUACUAGUGUAGAAAUCACGCGAUUCACCUUUAAAAUAUGUAUAUGCUGCAUUUGAAAUCGGUUGUUACUGCUAGAUCAAACUGGUUUCCUCUAGUAAUUUGCCUUUUUUUUUUUGCCUCAUCUCCUUAAUUUGAGAUGUUAGAACCAAUUUGACAGUUAGGCAUAGCCAUGCCUAGUCAUUUUUAUUGUUUUGGUCUUAGAAUGACAGCUGGAUUUUAUAUAUCUUGCCUGUAAACUAUGUCUUAAGAGGCUGUGUCCAAAACCAAAGGAAGCUGCCUUACAGUCCUGCUGUCCACUCAUUCAACACACACCUUUUAAGGAAACACAUUUUAAACAGAUUUUCAAAACACUGGAACGUGACUGCACGUCUGAUGAUCUUAAAAUAAAUCCUGAGAUAAGCAAGCUCAUAUUUAAUGACCACAGUUCUCAUUCAUCAGUAGAAAUUAGGCAAAAAUACAUUAAUAAAUGAUUUUACUGCUUUUAGUAGCUCAGUCAAUCCAAAAAUAUUUUUUAAAAUCAUGCCAAACCACAUGCACAGGAUUGCUGGUUAACACAGGCAGCAAAAUUAGUAAAAAGUAACCAUAUGAAGCAUCUUGGUGGAAACAAUGUUACGCAAACAUUUGACUUGAUGCUUAAUGCCUUUCUACCUCCAGAUCAGCAUUUUUCAGGUUUCGGACACAGCCACUACUAAGGUUUCUGUUACAUUUACAUUUAUGUGGUGGAAUUCCA